CAGCAGGAGGACGUCUACCGGGGCCUGGGCGUGCCCCUGUUGGCCCACGCCUGGCGGGGCUACAACGCGUCGAUCUUCGCCUACGGCCAGACGGGCUCCGGCAAGACGUUCAGCAUGCUCGGCGGCGCCGCGCCGACCUCCUCUUUACGCGACGGCGGCGACCGGGGCCUCAUCCCGCGCGUCUGCUGCGGCCUCUUCGACGCCGCCGACGCCCACGCGAAGAGCCACGACAUCGCCAUCGAGGCGUCCUACAUGGAGAUCUACAACGAGACCGUGCGCGAUCUGCUGCUCCCGACGGGCAAAGCUCUACGGGUCCGCGAGCACCCGCGCGACGGCGCGUGCGUGCCGGACCUGACGGUCGUGCGCGUGGCGAACCGCGAGGAGCUCGUGGCCCUGCUCCAGGUCGGCUCCAAGAGCCGCGCGACGGCCGCGACGCGGGGGAACGCGCGGAGCUCGCGGUCGCACGCGGUCUUCACGCUGGCGCUCUCGCGGCGGAAGCGCGGCGGCGACGUCGACACCGACGACGGCGGCGCCUUCGCCGCCGACGCCUGGUGGCGCGACGUCGACCUCGACGCGUCGUCGUCGCGCGCGACGAUCCGCCUCGUGGACCUCGCGGGCAGCGAGCGCGUCGCCGUCACGGGCACGGACGGCGCGCGGCUCCGCGAGGCCAAGUCCAUCAACCGGUCCCUGGCGACGCUCUGCGACGUCAUCGAAGCGCUGGCGGCGAACUCGCGGUCCACGAACGGCGCGCCGGCGAAGCCGCGCUUCGUGCCCUACCGCAACUCCGCGCUCACGUGGCUGUUGAAGGACUCGUUGGGCGGCAACGCGUUCGCGACGAUGCUCGCGACGGUGAGCCCGUCCGAGGACCACUACGAGGAGACGCUGGCGACGCUCAAGUACGCCGCGCGCGCGCGCAAGGUCCGGUCCAAGGCGUCCGUGAACGCC